GCACUCGCGAGAUAAGACAAUUCUCGCGGACCUUGAUGUGUCUCUUUAAUUCUCGCGGGAUUUCCUGUUUCCUCCUCUUUCACUCCCUGUAGCCAACAUGGCAGUCGGCAAGAAUAAGAGGCUGACCAAAGGCGGCAAAAAAGGUGCCAAAAAGAAGAUUGUUGACCCUUUCUCCAAGAAGGACUGGUAUGAUGUCAAGGCACCAGCCAUGUUCAACAUCCGCAAUCUUGGCAAGACCUUGGUCACCAGGACCCAGGGAACCAGAAUCGCCUCUGAUGGUCUUAAGGGACGUGUGUUUGAGGUGAGCCUCGCUGACCUGCAGAACGACGAGGUUGCCUUCCGUAAGUUCAAGCUCAUCACUGAAGACGUUCAGGGCAAGAACUGCCUCACCAACUUCCACGGCAUGGACCUGACCCGUGACAAGAUGUGCUCCAUGGUCAAGAAGUGGCAGACCAUGAUCGAAGCUCACGUGGAUGUGAAGACCACCGACGGCUACCUUCUGCGUCUGUUCUGCGUGGGUUUCACAAAGAAGCGCACCAACCAGAUCAGAAAGACCUCCUAUGCCCAGCACCAGCAGGUCCGCCAGAUCCGCAAGAAGAUGAUGGAGAUCAUGACCCGUGAGGUUCAGACCAACGACCUGAAGGAGGUUGUCAACAAGCUGAUCCCUGACAGUGUUGGCAAGGACAUUGAGAAGGCCUGCCAGUCCAUCUACCCUCUACAUGACGUUUAUGUCCGCAAGGUCAAGAUGCUUAAGAAGCCCAAGUUUGAGUUGGGCAAACUGAUGGAGCUCCACGGAGAGGGCGGUGCCGGCAGUGCUGCAAAGGCAUCCGGCGACGACACUGGAGCCAAGGUGGAGAGGGCUGACGGCUACGAGCCCCCCAUCCAGGAGACAGUCUAAAAAACACCCUGACAGAUUUAAUAAAAAAUGUAAAUGACCAACAAA